AUCCAGGUGUGAGUCCUCCUCCAGUCCAGGUGGAGGUGCUGGUUCUACAGCUGUGGAGAAGAGUGAAGAAGAAGAUCCCAGUCCGCAGUGUCUUAUUCAACAACAGGAGCUGAUCUGCUGAAGGUUUUGGCAAAGCCUUGAGAUCCUCCUGUUUGUCCCCAAGAACGCUGAAGUCACCGGCCCUGCAUGGAAGUAGUAUGUCUGGUGUGAAGGGGGGCUUUUUCAGAAUGUAAUGACCUCCUGUUACAUAUCCUCUACUACGGCACCUAGUGACCUUUUUCUCUACAACCUCAAUCUACUUCAACAGACACCUCAAGAAAGAUAGCACAAUGUUGUCAUUAGACCAGAUCAAAUGUGAGGAUGACGUUUCUACAAGCUUCACUCAGACGAUAGAUAUGUCUGCUGCUGUACACAGUACUAUUUCCUGCACACAAACACAAAACAGCACAGAAGAAGAAAGAUGUUUUCAGUGUUUAGAUUGUGGAAAGAGUUUUAGUCAACCGGGUGUUUUCCAGAGACACCAGCGCAUCCUUUGCGGGGAGCAACUGUGUACAGAAUGUGGGAAGAGUUUUAAAGACUUCAGUACCCUCAAAAAGCACCAGCUAAUUCACGCAGAAAUAAAACCGUUUCCGUGCCUAGAGUGUGGAAUGAGCUUUAGUGACAGUAGCAACCUCAAAAAACACCAGCGCAUUCACACUGGAGAGAAACCUCAUCGCUGCUCAGAGUGUGGAAUGAGUUUCAGAAAGAGAAGUGGCCUGAAAAUACACCAGCGCAUUCACACUGGAGAGAAACCGUAUCACUGCACUGAGUGCGGGAUGAGCUUUAGUAUCACUAGUAACCUCAAAAAACACCAGCGUGUUCACACUGGAGAGAAACCGUUUCAGUGCUCCGAGUGUGGGAGGAGUUUUAGAAAUAGCAGUGCCUUCAAAGCUCACCAGCGCAUUCACACUGGAGAGAAACCGUAUCAGUGCCCAGAGUGUGGACAGAGCUUUAGAGACGGUGGUGGCCUUAAAAAACACCGGCGCAUUCACACUGGAGAGAAACCGUAUUACUGCUCAGAAUGCGGCAUGAGUUUCAGAGAGAGUAGUACCCUCAAAACUCACCAGCGCAUUCACACUGGAGAGAAACCGUAUCUGUGUUCAGAAUGUGGAUUAAAUUGUAGAGCUCUCAGCCAACUUCUGACACACCGGCGCAUUCACACUGGAGAGAAACCGUAUCAGUGCUUAGAGUGCGGGAAGAAUUUUAGAGACUAUAGUGCCUUUAAAAAGCACCAGCGUCAAAUUCAUACUGGAGAGAAACCGUAUCAGUGCCCAGAGUGUGGGAUGAGUUUUCGAGCCAUUGGCACCUUCCAAACCCACCAGCGAAUUCACACCGGAGAGAAACCGUUUCAGUGCGCAGAGUGUGGGCAAAGCUUUAGAGAUGGCAGUACCCUCAAAAGACACCAGCUAAUUCAUACUGGAGAGAAACCGCAUCAGUGCUCAGAGUGCGGACAGAGUUUUAGAGAGAGUAGCACUCUCAAAACACACCAGCGAAUUCACACUGGAGAGAAACCCUAUCCCUGCUUAGAAUGCGGGAAGAGUUUCGGAGUACAGAGUAAUCUCCAAACGCACCAGCGAAUUCACACUGGAGAGAAACCGUUUCGCUGCCCGGAGUGUGGACAGAGUUUUAGAGUCAAGGCUCAACUUCAAAAACACCAUCAAAUUCAUACUGGAGAGAAACCGUAUCACUGCUCGGACUGUGGGAUGAGUUUUCGAGCGAUUGGCACCUACCAAAAGCACCAGCGAAUUCAUACCGGAGAGAAACCGUAUCGCUGCUCAGAGUGCGGACAGAAUUUUAAAGAGAACGACGCCCUCAAAAGACACCAGCUAAUUCACACUGGAGAAAGACCAUGUCAGUGCUCAGAGUGUGGGAAAAACUUCAGAGACAGUAUCGCCCUUAAGAUGCAUCAGAGAAUUCAUACUGGAGAAAAGCUCCAUCAGUGCUCAGAAUGUGGGCAGAGUUUUAAAGAGAGUGGUGCUCUCAAAACGCACAAGCGAAUUCAUACCGGAGAGAAACCGUUUCAGUGCACAGAGUGCGGGAAAAACUUCAAAGAGAAGGGAACCCUCAAGAUACACCAUAGAAUUCAUACUGGAGAGAAGCCGUUUCAGUGCUCGGACUGCGGGAAGAACUUCAGAGAAAAGGGAACUCUUACGAUACAUCAGCGAAUUCAUACCGGAGAGAAACCGUAUCAGUGCUCAGAGUGUGGAAAGAGUUUCAGAGUACAGGGUGAUUUCAGGAAACACCAGAAAAUUCACACUGGAGAGAAACUGGAUUCAUGUUAAGAGUGUUGGAUUAAAAAAAGCAUUAAAUAGGAAAAUAAAAGCUUAAUCAUGCAAAACAGCUCGUUGCACCAAUGCACAGUGGGGGGAAAUCCCAUGGUGUAUUAUUGUGAAUAUAAUGUAAAGUAUUGAACAUAUUGUGUGGAAAUGUGUUAAAUGUUUUUUGUCUAGUUCAAACAUGAAAUCAGCUUAUCUCAAUACAGGAAGAGAUAAAAGAUGAGAAAGUGGAGACCUCUGGAGAACUUUGGGUUGGAGUUCGGACACUUUCAACUAGUCGUAGUCCUAUCAGGAGAGUCAAGAAGAAGAGAUAACCCAGUUAAAGGAGAACUCUGGUGUGAAAUGGACUUUGGGUGUAUUUAUUAAAACGUGAUAAAAAGUACUUAAAUUUGUUGAUUAGCUCUCCUCCGCUCUCCUGCAGCUUUCUGACAUCCAGUAUAUUGUGCUCUUUACCCAAACAGGCUUUAGAAUGAGUGAUGCAUUGUUUUUUCCACCGUUAUUCAGCUCAAAGUAGUUUCACAACUGACAUUUAAAAAACACAGUUUACAUCCCAUAGCGUAGGUAAAUCUCCGGGCGCAGUAAAUUUAAGUUACAAUAAAUCAACCAUCGAGCACGAGAACGAAUAGUUAAAUAUUUUGAGCGAUGUUUAUGCCAUUUGUUGUUGGUUCUUUGCAUUCUAAUAUCAGCAGUAACCAGUUAUUUUAUAUAUUUUCAGCAACAGUUGGAAUUCAUGCAUUUCCAAUCAAUUAAUUUUGCAAUAAACUUUUUUUCUUGUCCUCGACGGUUGACUUAUUGUAACUUAAACUUAAGAUGUUGGUGCACUGAGAUUUACCUACGCUAUGGGAUGUAAACAGUGGUUUACUGUGCACUUUUUAUUAGGGGUGUGACGAGAUCUCGCGAGAUUAAAACGUGACGAUAUUUCUCGUCAAGCUUAAACCUGUCUCACGGGAAAAAAACAGUUUAGUGUGGACCUUUUUACAGGGAUCUGGCAACCCAGUAGUGAUAGCAGCGAGUGUGGUGGCUGAGCAGUGAGAGCAGCUCUCAGCAGAAGAGGAAAAUUCAGGUAUUUGUAUAGAAGAUGCUUCUGCUACUUUUAAGUUGUAUGUCUGGCUGCAUUUUGGCUCCAGUGGAAACAAUAAACGGUAACAGAGUGACCAACAAGACACAAACCAUAUAUAAAUACUGUAAGUAAAUCCUACACGUGACUGUUUCAUAGACAGCUGUACUAAUCCCUUAGCUCUGUACUGUAUUUAAAAACAUGUUCUGUCUCUGUUUCAC